GCGACCAGGUCGAAUAAUUAAUGUGGUAUAAAUGAACUAGUGCGCGAUGACAAUAGCACAGUGCACUUCGUUUGCUUAGUGGAGUACAUCGUCGGUAAAAUGAACUCACUUUUGGUGGUAUUCUGUUUCAUCGCAGUAGCGGUAGCUAACCCGCCUGAUCUUUUACAAACAUACGCCACAGUUGGGAGCAUUCCAAAUCCAAACUACUCAUUCAACUAUGCCGUAAACGAUCCUCAAACCGGCGACAACAAGGCUCAAUGGGAGACCAGAGACGGCGACGUGGUCAGAGGCGCUUACUCAUUGGUCGAGCCAGAUGGCAACAUUCGCAUCGUCGAGUACGUCGCCGACGCCAUCCACGGUUUCAACGCUGUUGUCAAACGAGCAAGGCCAAACAUACACCCAAUAUCUUUGCCAGUCGCUGCGCCAAUCAUCGCUGCCCCAAUUCAAGUUGCACCAAUAGCAAAACAAAUCUACGAGCCAAUAGAACCGAUUGUACCAAUCGUACCAAUAGAGCCGGCACCGCUGCUCGAACCGAUAAACCCUUGGAGCUAUUUACCCAUCGGAAAUGAUGCACCCUGGGUAUCUGUAACUGGCACAACUUAUAAGAAAGGAAAUAUCGUCCGCAGAUGGACAGCCGGUCCCAUAUCUUUAGACGGGCAGUCGGUGACCGUAAAAACCAAACAUUGAUGUAGUCUGUAAGGUAAUAUUAUAUUUUUUUUCAAAUAGGAAGUCCCCUUUGCCUUGUUGAAUAUAGAUGUGUACCAAAAAGUUAUUGGUAAACUUUUUUCCGAAUUAUUUAAAUUUCGCAUUUUAAAAUCGAUUCCUCUAUUUACGUAUAUGAUUUACUUUUCGAUAGUUUUGCCAAUUAAUGUUUUGAUACGUAACUUUCAUGUAUGGCGAAAUGGGAUUUGGCUAUAUGAAGAAAAGGACAGUAAAUAUAAGCUUUAUGCUUUACCAACUUCUAUGUGUAUAGGUAACCUGUUUAGUUACUCACGGCUCUAGUGUGUUCUUGCAUUAGAAUAAAAUGCAAAAAUACACAUAGGUCAUUAGAAGUUAAGCUGAUUGAAUGUCUCCAUAGCAAUGAAGUGUACCUGACGUUCAUAGUGACUGUAAAUAAAUUAUUAUAAAGAA